AUGGAGUUUGUUAAUCGGUCAUGGGAUCCAGGACCCGGUACAGGUGACUUAUCUACUGCUGCGUCUGCUCUUUUGGCUUUACAAAACUCUCUGAAGACCUGGGACAGGGACGUUUUUGGCUCGAUUAAGCAGCAGGUAAAGAGCCUGAGAGCUGAAUUGGAGGCGGAGAGGAGUAGCACCCUGUACCAAGGACCUACGGACAGGGAACGACAUUUGGUGGCCACGUUGGGGGAGGUGCUGGCACGUGAAGAAACUAUGGAACGGCAGCGGUCGAGAAUUGCUUGGUUAAAAGAAGGCGACCGGAAUACGGCCUUUUUUCAGGCUAAAGCGCGUGCACGGAACCGAACUAACAGGAUUAAACUGCUCAAGGAUGAGGCAGGAAAUGAGUUUACUGAUCAGGAUGACCUUGAGAGGUUGGCUUGUGAUUGUUACCAGAAGCUGUUUGCGGCACAGGAGAAUCUGCAACCUGAGUUAAUUUGCCGCCAUGUACCACGGAAGAUCACCCCGGAGAUGGCGGCUGUUUCGGAGAGACCUUUCUCUGAGCAGGAAGUGGAGGAGGCUCUCUUUGAGAUGGCGCCAAGCAAGGCUCCAGGAGUAGACGGUUUUAACGCUGGCUUUUUUCAGACCCACUGGCAGCUGGUUAAGGGGUGUGUGGUGCCUGCGAUUUUGGGUUUCCUGAAUGGAGCUCCAACUCUGAACAAGAGUGUAAACAAGAAGUACAAGCAAUUCUGCAAAUUCCGAAUGAAGCGCUUGGUGAAAGAUACUUGGGUCUACCCACUUCAGCUGGGUGGGGUGCUUGCAAUGCUUUCAACUAUGUGCCAGCCCGGGGUUCUGCGAGGGAAGUAUUUUCCUAACGGUGACUUCCUCACAGCUACCAAAAGGAGGCAUUGCUCGGAAACUUGGAGGGCAAUCCUACAUGGAAGAGAUGUGUUAAAGAAGGGUCUGAUCAUGAGAAUUGGACCGGGCGAGGUAGAUAUUUGGCAAGAUAACUGGAUCCCAGGCUUGAGGCCCUUCAGGCCUCUGGUUCACUUGCCAACAGCUGCUGUCGAACGGGUGCAGGACCUUUUCGUUCCUGGCACGCGUGUUUGGGAUGAGCAGCUCGUGCGUCGAUUGUUUGUGGAACCGGAGGCGGCGGAAAUUUUGAAGAUCAAGCCCGGUAUGUCUUUGGUGUCUGAUGUCAAGGCUUGGGCGUUUGAGAAGCAUGGGCAAUAUUUGGUCCGCUCGGCUUACAGAUUGCUCAAGGUUGAGCAAGCGGCAGGUGAGACCGGGGCCUCUAGGGAAUGCCAACACUGGCAAACGGUCUGGAAGCUGGACGUACCACCGAAGGUCCGUGUUUUCUGGUGGCGGGUGCUGCACAAUUCGCUGCCUUCAAAGUUUGAGCUGAAAAGAAGGCACGUCGCCAAGGAGAGCUUCUGUGAGUAUUGUGGUGAUCCAGAAGAAACCUUGUAUCAUGUAGCAAUCCAGUGUCCGUUGGCUAGAAGAUUCUGGGCAGAACUGGAGUUCUGUAACUCUAAGACAGCUGCGCUGGUGGUAUGUGGUGCCUGGACGCGGACAGGUCGAAAUGCAAGAAGGCAUGGGCGCAAAACUUGGGAACCUGGAGCAGCGGUGUGGUUCGUCUCAACACUGCUGCAGGAGCUUGCAGCGCAGAAGGUGCCAAAGGAACCGAGGCUGCCCAGGAGGCCGGAGAAGUGGAGAAGCCCGGAGGAGGGGUGGAUCAAGGUGAACACUGAUGCAGGCUUUGACACCGCGGCUUGUUCGGGAAGCUGCGGUGUGGUGAUACGUGAUCAGACCGGCCUGGUGAAGGCUGUAGCGGCACGAUGGCUUGAUGAUGUGCCGGAUGCACUGACGGCAGAGGCUAUGGCGGCCAAGGAAGGGCUUGAGCUUGCAGCGGAAAAUGGCUAUGACAAAGUUAUCUUUGAGGUUGAUUGCAAUGGCCUCAAGACGCUGCUAGAUGGUGAUGAUGGUAUGAGAUCGGCUAUCGGGGGCCUUUGUUUCGAUAUUACAGAGCUAGGCAGGAGUUUUGUCAACUUUCGUGUUGCGUGGGCAAUAAUGAUCCGCGGGAUGGCUGGCUAUGGUAGGAUGCCAUGGAUGGGAACGGACGGUGGUUGGUACUGUGAACUUGAACAAGCAGAAGCCGCUCAGGUCCUGGAUCGCGUGCAUGCCAGCCAAUGUCAACCAAGGCAUGCAUAA